UGCUAAACACACUUAUAAUAAAACAUAUAGUAAUUAGGGGAAAAUAAUUAAAUAAUAAUAAUGAAGCUUGCUUCGCCUUCUUUGAUGCUUUCUCUUGGGCUCAUCCUAAUGACCCUUGUUGGUCAUUGUUAUGGAAACAAUAAGCUAAGAGUUGGGUUUUACAAUGGCAAGUGUGGAUCACACAAUAUCGAGAAAGUCAUCUAUGGAGUAGUUCAGCAGAAGAUCAGGGAGGAUCCCGAUAUUGUAUCUGAUCUUAUUCGUCUAUCAUUUCAUGACUGCUUUGUUAGGGGUUGUGAUGCAUCAAUUUUGCUCGAGGGAAAACAUACAGAGCAAAUGGCACGAGUAAACAAAAAACUUGGCGGAAUUGAGGAUGUUGGUGAAAUUAAGGAGGUGGUAGAAAAAGUUUGUCCAGGAGUUGUCUCUUGUACUGAUGUCCUUGUUAUAGCAGCAAGAGCUGCUGUUUUCUUGGCCGGAGGAAAAUGGUAUGACGUAGAAACCGGAAGAAGAGAUGGACGUGUAUCUUUAAGCAAAGAAGCAGAAGCAAUCCUUCCUCCUCCAACAAUUCCUGUGAAUAAAGCCAUUCAAUUGUUUGCCAAAAAAGGGCUUAAUAAGCGUGACUUUGUUGUUCUCUUAGGUGGACAUACUGCUGGAACUGCACACUGUCACUCAUUUAAAAAACGUCUAUAUAACUUCCAUGGUACCCACAAACCAGACCCAACCAUAAGUUCAUCGCUUCUCAAAGUCUUGCGAAACACAUGUCCUCUCAAUAGUCAAAGCGACAAUGAGGCAUUCCUUGACCAAACCCCAAACAGUCAUUUCAAGAUGGACAAUGCCUAUUACAAGCAAAUAGUAGCACACAAUGGCACCCUAGAGAUUGACCAAAACAUGGCUAUAAGUCCUCUAACUAAAGGCAUUGUGAAGGGGCUUGCCAAAAGUCCCUAUCAAUUUUUGAACGAGUUCGGUCCGGCCAUGGUCAAGAUGGCUAGAAUCGGAGUCCUAACGGGCCAUCACGGAGAGAUCAGAAAAACUUGUGGUUCCGUGAAUUAGUGUAUCUCAAUUAUUGGACAAGAUUUCAACCACAACACUACAAAUUAUUUACACUAUCACUAUUUUUGUCAUUGGAUAAAGAUGAAUUGAUUUUGUUAUUUCCAUCUUUGCAUCAUUUUUAUGUUAAAACUUCUUAUACGUGAUAAUAAACUCAGGAAAAUCCUCCCGAGGGAUGCUUAUAUACAGAUAAAAAUAAAUUGUUGUAUUUUACUCUUGUUGACUUCCCUUCCAAAUUAUCAAACUUUAUUGUUUUAUAGUAAUUAACUCACAUUGAUCA